AUGGCCAAGGUCAGAAAGAAGAAGAGGACACACAUCCCCAACAAUGAUAACUCCGCAAAGACGACUCAGGGCGUCCGCCGGCCAAAGAGCAUGGUUAUCCGCAUGGGCGCAGGCGACGUCGGAUCCAGCGUCACACAGCUAUGCAGAGACUUCCGAGCAAUGAUGGAGCCAGACACGGCAAGCAGAUUAAAAGCAAGCAGGAACUCCUCGUCCCAAGACUACACCUCGAUGGCCGGGCCCCUGGGUGUUACACACCUGUUCCUCUUCUCGCGCUCAAAUUCCGGCAACGUGCACCUCCGUGUGGCUCUCCAUCCGCGAGGCCCAACUCUCACCUUCCGCGUCGAGCACUACGCCCUGUGCAAAGACAUUGCCCGCGCCCAGAAACACCCCCGCGGCGGGGGCACAGAGUACCUCCACGCGCCGCUCCUAGUCAUGAACAAUUUCACGUCGGCGGAGGCGGAAAAGGAUCCGAUCAAGAAACAGCUGGAGUCUCUCACAACGACGGUCUUCCAGUCCAUGUUCCCGCCGAUUUCGCCGCAGAGCACGCCCCUCAGUUCCAUACGGAGGAUAUUACUCUUAAACAGGGAGGUGCAAGCUGACGGGACGUAUGUGAUUUCCCUACGACACUACGCCAUCACCACCCGCCGCACAGGCGUCUCCAAGCGGAUACGCAGAUUCGACGCUCGCGAACAGCGAUUGCGAGAGAAGAAAUCGGGCGCCGCGCUGCCGAAUCUGGGCAAAUUAGAGGAUGUGGCUGAGUAUUUGCUCGAUCCCGCGGCCGGGGGUUAUACAUCGGCCAGCGAGACAGAGUUGGACACGGACGCUGAAGUGGAAGUCCUGGAGACGACGACGCAGAGAGUCUUAAGCCGCAAGGAAAUGCAAAGGCAGCAAGAGGCACGGAAACAGAGUGGGGAAAAAGACGUUCCCGACUCCCAUGUGCGGACAGCCUCGAAUGUGGAGAAGCGGGCGGUGAAGCUCGUUGAACUGGGGCCUCGCAUGCGCCUUCGGAUGGUGAAAGUCGAGGAGGGAAUCUGCGAGGGACGUGUCAUGUGGAAUGAAUUCGUGACCAAGUCCAAGGACGAGGAAAAGGAGCUUGAGGAGAAAUGGACGAAAAAGCGGCAAGAAAAGGAGGCCAGGAAGAAGGAGCAGCGCGAGAAUGUGGAGAGGAAGAGGUUGGCGAAGAAGAACGCCAAGUUGAAUAGUGGCAAGAAUGGGGACGGCGAGGGUGGACAGAGCGAAGAGGAGGAAUGGGACAGCGAUGACUUGGACGAGUGGGACGAGGAUGAUGACAUGGCUGACGAAGGUGGUGGAGGAAAAGAUGGGGAGGACGAGGAUGAGGACGAGGACGAGGACGAGGAUGAAAUGGAGGAGUAA